AAUGGAUGAGCUCUUCCUAUAAAAAUAGCAGCUGCUAACUGCGAAAUAUAGAUGAGAAAACAUUAAUCAAGUACAGAAUGGAAAAUUCAACGAUUCAUAUUUGUUUCUUGGUUCUCAGUGCCGGCCUUUAUAUCUGCCAUGGCUUCUUUUGUUUGCCAAAAGAACAUGUGGCCCUAUUCAUAUUUGGAGACUCAAUAUUUGAUGUUGGAAACAAUAACUACAUCAACACAGCAGCUGAUUUCCAGGCAAAUUUCUGGCCGUAUGGGAAUACUACUUUUAAGUAUCCUUCCGGAAGACCUUCUAAUGGACGCCUGAUUCCAGACUUCAUUGCUGAAUAUGCAAAGCUGCCGUUUAUACCGCCAUACCUCCAACCUGGUUUUCAACAAUAUGCUGAUGGCGCAAAUUUUGCAUCAGCUGGUGCUGGUGCCCUUGUUGAAACCAAUCAAGGAUUUGUUAUAGACCUUAAUGGUCAACUCAGGAAUUUCAAUGAUAUGGUGCGAUUGCUGAAGCAGAGGCUGGGAGAUGAAGAAGCCAAGAGAUUAUCAUCCAAAGCUAUCUUCUUGUUUAGCAUGGGAACCAAUGAUUACUUUGUACGUUUCGUUUCUAACUCUUCCAGGUUUCCGACGUACCCUAAAGAAAAAUAUGUUGACAUGGUGAUCGGCAACAUGACCAGUGUGGUCAAAGAAAUAUAUAAGAAAGGAGGGAGAAAGUUUGGAUUCCUAAACCUGCCUCCUUUAGGAUGCCUGCCUCUAAUUAAAGCACUUAUCCCACCAGCUCAAGAUGGCUGCGUUGAAAAUGUUACACAAGUUGUAAAAUUACACAAUGAAGCACUAAGUGAAGCCCUCCGUGGACUCGAAGCUCAGCUAGAAGGGUUUAAAUACUCAUACAUUGAUUUUUACACUUCACUUAGUGUAAGAAUAAAGUCACCUUCAAAAUAUGGCUUCAAGGAAAGCAAAAUGGGAUGUUGUGGUGGUGGUCCGUACAGAGGAUGGCAAAGCUGUGGGGGGAAAAGGACUAUUGUGAAAGAGUAUGAAGUGUGUAAUGAUGUGGAAGACUAUUUGAUCUUUGAUGCUGUUCAUCCUACUGAAAAAGCAUACCAUCAAAUCUCUGACCUAAUUUGGAAUGAAGAUCACAGGGUGGCACAACCUUACAAUCUCAAGGAAUUAUAUCAACUUUAAAUGUUUUAUGUCUCAUGAGACUAGUCUGCAUAUUAUUCAGUGCUGGGAAUGUACUACUAGACCUUUAAGCAAUAGAACUGCUCAAAAUUGGAUACUGGUUUGUAUUUGAUUAAAGAAUGGGGGUGGGGUGAAGCACAUUAAGUACAACUUUGUGACCAGCAUUGCUUGCCCUUUGUUAUUUCCACUGCAUCCUAAUUUGAUCUUCCAUUAUAGUUAGUUAACACUAACUAUGUUUAGAGGUAUUCAA